CUGUGCCUCCACAGUUGGUGAUUCUGUCGCUGGGUUUGAUGUUGGCCUGUGCCGGAGCGAUGCCAGCCGUGGGUCCUGCAGUGUUUCCCGCAGCGUCUGGCUCUUCGUUUGGCGUGUUUCCUGGAUCUGCUGCUGCUCCCUUUGCUGCCUACACAAAUGGACCGUUUGGUGGUCCUUUUGGUAGCGCCGCUUCCUUUGUUGGUGUCCCCUUUGGAGCCGCUGCUUUUCCUGGGGCUCCAUUUGGUGCUGCUGCUCCUUUGGUUAAUGCUCCUCUGGGUGCUGCUCCUUUGGCUGUCUCUAGCAGUCAGCGUUUGGAUUACUUCAAUCAGUUCAAUGCCGCCUUCGGUCCGCCUGCUGCCGGACGUCUCCUGGCCGCUGGUCCUGCGGGAGUUGCUGCUCUGAAUGCUCCACCAUUUCCAGCUUCUCGAUUCCAGAUCCAGCCCACACGAUUGAUUGCUCCAGGCGCAUUCUUCUUUUAACCUGGUAAAACUCAUUUCCAUUUCAUAGAUUUUCCCCGUAACAAAUAAAAGUACAAAAUGGUUAACCACAUUCCACAAUGGUGUC